GGUGGGGGUGGGGGAUGGGAAGGGGCGGCCGGAGGAUGUAAGGGUGAAUCUGGGGAAGUGGGUCCUGCGCAACCUGUUCGCGUCGUUCGUGCGCGAAGAAAUGCGCGUCCGCGGGCGGGCGUCAAGCAACUCGCCUCUGCCCCGCACAGCAUCGGGCUCCUCGCUCUCCUCGACGCCCUCCCCCCCGCACCCCCUCCCGCGCCACGCCUCCUCGCCCAACCUCGACACCAGCACCUCCUCCCCGCACUCCUCCCCGCCUCUACCCACCUCUCCCUCAAGCACAACGCAAAGCUCAUCAACAACGACGACACAAUCAUCAUCAACAAUCGUCCUCUCGCCGACCCUCCUCCGCGCCCAGCCCGCCCCGCGCACGCCGACACACCUCAUCCCGCUCCCCCCGCCGCCCGUCGCGGCGCGCUUCGCGCUCAACCAGCCGCUCAGCCCCAUCGUGCAGAGUCCGAGCGACUGGACGCCGAAGCCUCAUACGCGCGCCGUAACAGAAGGCACGACGCCCGGCGCCAAAGACGUUACGACGCCUUCUGCGUCAAGUGGAGGAGGAGCGGGGGGAGAUUAUUUCACGAUUAGGGCGCGCGGCGCGAGUGUGAGCGGGACUGGGGCCACGCCUGUGCCGAUCCCGAGUAGGGAGAGGGAGGGCAAUACGGAUUUGGGCCCGGAGAGCGGCGAGCCUGCUACGCCCGCGAGCGCCGGAGCUGGGGGGUUCAUGGGCCGCCUUAAAACGCUCGGCAAGAUGUCGCGGCGCGCAGGAGGAGCGGACUCUAGCGUGCCCUCGGGCUCGAAUGCGAAUACGAAGUCCGCGCCGGCGUCCACGAACAAUGCUACUUCAGGGGGAGAGAACGCGAGCCUGUCGCCCGCGCAGAAGUUGUUAAGCUCUGCGCCGCUGAGUCCGCCGAAUACGGCCGACGCGGGCGCGGGCGUGAACGUGCGGUUUCCGGGGGCCGUGCAUGUCGUUGUAGCGGAGGAGCACGAGGCGGGGUGGAGCAGUCUUUGGCGGAGCACGGUCGCGGGCCUCUCCGCCCUUUCCUCUUCCUCCUCGUCAUCAUCGUCAAAAACCGGCAACGCAGGAGGAGGAGCAGUCAGCAGUCAGAUCACAGAGAUCGAGGAGGCGCUGCCGCUCUGGGCGCUCGAGUUUUUGCUCUUCGGACGCGCGCCGGUUGUGGGGGUUGUGAAGAUCGGGUUUGUGCUGCUGCCGUGGCGCGGGCCGGGAGGAGGAGAGGGAGGGGAGGAGCUGCCGGAGGUGCUGAAUACGGCGCAGAGCAAGCUUACGGCGUCGCGCGCGCUGCGGGUGAGGAAGCUGUGCGGACAUGUGCAGGAUCGGAUGGAGAGGCUGUCGAAGAGCCGCGCUGGGUCUGCGAGGUCGAGUUUUGAUGCGCAUAGCGUUCAUACGCUUGCUACUAGCUAUGGAGGUGGGGCAGGAGGGGGAGGGGGAGGGGGAGGAAGCCCGGAGGAGAUGUGGGAGAUUCUGUGCGUGGAUAAGGUGUUGCCGCUUGAUAUGACGCUUGCGGCUGUGAGGCAGUUCGUGUGGAGGCAGAGCGGGGAGCUGGUUAUGCAUUAUAGGAGGAAGAGGCCGGCGUUGCCUGUAUAG